AUGGGAUCAGAAAAACCAGAAAUCAAAAUUAAUGCUAAAGAAAGUACAAAAACUCUACUUCCAAUGCAACAAGAUGAUAAACCAAUAAAAAACGGUUCCAAAAAUAUCUUGGCAACUGAAAACUCGUUACCUACAAGAGAUAUGCGAGAAAUUGUCUUCAUACCUAUUAAACUUGAAGAACUUCAAUCAAAUCCUGAUUUAGUAGCGGAUGAAGUAAAAGAUAUUGUUAAUUAUAUGAGUGAAAAAGACAAAACUAACAACAAUAUGACUGAACAAUAUACAACUGAGAAGGAAAUUUCAUCAAUCAAAACUACAUCAGAGAUACACGCUGACACCACAACAUUAAAAACUUCUACAAUUACCGAAACUACAGAAAAUAUCGUUACACCAAAAUAUAUAUUUAUUGAACCAAUAGAAGUAACCGCUCUGAAAGACGAAGAUGAAAAUGAUAUAUAUGUUAUUUUUCUAAUAGUAAUUACCAUAUGCGUCGUAAACGGCCUGCCAGUACAAGAUAAAAAUGAACCUGAAAAGCCUUCUGAGCCCGCCCAGGAUCAAAAGAAAUCGCCCGUAAAUAGCACAGAUGAAGUUAUUCUUAUACCAAUCAAUCUUCAAGAACUCAAAUCGGAUCCUGAGGCAAUAGUCAAGGAAGUGAAGGAUAUUUUAAGUUUUAUGAAGAGUAAGAAGGACAAUACGAGCAACUCUAAUUAUUCCACAACUGAGGCAUCUUCUAAACCUAGUGAUGCUACAUCUGAUAAGUCUUCCGAUAAAUCAUCCACAACCACUGAUAAACCAUCGGACAAAUCGUCAAGUGAUGCAACCACCACUGCCAAGUCGGAUAAGUCAUCUAGUGAUGCGACUACCACUUCAAAACCAUCAGACAAACCAUCGAAUGAUGCAACUACUGUUAAACCUUCGGAUAAGCCGUCAAAUAAUGCCACAACAACCUCCGACCCAUCCGACAAACCAUCAAGUGAUGCAACCACCACCGUGAAACCUUUGGAUAAAUCAUCAAACAAUGCCACCAGUACUACAAAUCCCUCAGACAAGCCAUCUAGUGACUCCACCACAUCUGCUCCGCCGUCGGAUAAACCAAAAACCGAUGCCAGCUCAAAUGCUAAUCCGUCAGAUAAAUCAUCAAACGAUACUACGACUGCCAAGCCCUUAGAUAAAUCUUCAAAUGAUGCUCCGGCACCGGCCAAGGCCUCGGAUAAGCCCUCAAGUGACACAACAACGACACCUAAGUCUUCAGAUAAACCUUCGAAUGAUAGUACUUCAACUGCUAAGCCAGAAUCUUCAAGUGAUGCCAAAACUACUGCGAAAUCUUUAGAGAAAGCGACAAGCGAUGCUACUAUAACUAACGAUAGUAAAACAACUGCUAAGCCAUCAGACAAAAAAGCAGAGGAUUCUACCACGAAGGGACCAAAUAAAGACAAAGAUGAUUUAGAAAAAGAAAAAGAUGUCGCACCUGAUAGUGCAACCGAAAGUCCAGAAAACGACUCCAAAAAUUCUACAACAAAGGCGCCUCAAAAUAUUAUUAACGAAAAUUGUUAUUACUGUAUAAACGAAUAUUUCUUUGACAAACCAAUGCCUAAGCACUAACAAAA